CUUCACGCUCCUCCUGCUGACUUUGUCCGGAGGAGAAAUCUUCGGUCUACGAAUGUGGUCGCCGCCGCCAAUCGGCACCUUAUGGGAUCAGUGACGAACGCUAAAGGACUCCGCUUUGCUGUGGUUGUAGCACGGUUUAAUGAGAUCAUCACAAAUCCAUUAUUGGAAGGAGCUCUACAGACUUUUAAACAAUAUUCAGUCAAAGAAGAAGACAUUACAGUCGUCAAAGUUCCAGGUAGUUUUGAGAUUCCUGUUGUUGCACAAAAACUUGGAAAAUCGGGAGCUUAUGAUGCAAUUUUAUGCAUAGGAACUGUGAUAAGAGGUGAUACCACUCAUUAUGAUGCUGUUGCAAAUUCAGCAGCAUCUGGUGUGCUCAAUGCUGGGUUGAGUUCAGGAGUUCCUUGUAUUUUCGGUGUUCUUACCUGUGAUAGCAUGGAACAGGAACCUGUAGAAUUUGUUACUAUUGAGUGCGAAGAGUACAAUUUUUUGGAUAUGACAAUGGAUCAUAUCAGUUAUGAGCCUUAUGAGAUUCUACAGUUAAUUGCUCAUAGAGUGGAACAAUCAGGGCAGUCCAAAAUUUUGAGUCACUAUCAGCUUCAUAUACAUACACUAGAGUGGUCCAAAGAUUAA